UAAAAUUUUACACAAGCCAAAGCAGCUUUGCUCUACAUUUUUCUCCAGGUUUAACCCACCACCCAACCAUCGCGAAGAGAGCUGUCUGCAGGGAAAACACAAAUAAUACGCUUCAUUCUUUUCCUGCAAUUAUGCCUCUCUUCGUUCUUGCAGAGACGCCUGCGGGCUAUGGUCUUUUCAAGGCCAAGGACAAGAAGUUAUUGUCCCGAGAUGAUGUUAAUAAGCAACUUUCAAGCGCCGAAGCCAUCAACUCUAUGUUGUCGCUGAAGAAGAUGGUCAAAUUCGAAGAUUCAGCUCAAGCUUUGGGUGAAUACACAGCCUUGACAGAAGGAAAAGUUACACCUAUGCUACAAAAUCUCCUCGACGACAUUAAAGAGGAACGAAAAGCGUCUCUUGCCGUCGCCGAUCCGAAACUGGGUGCCGCCAUUAACGUUCUACCCCAAUUGAGCAUCACUCCCGUUUCCGAUUCCUCUACCAAUGAGCUUUUCCGUGCCAUCAAGACAUACCUACCCGAACUCUUCCCCGAAUUAGAGAGCGAUUAUCUAGGAAACAUGGCUCUUGCUCUGUCCCACUCUAUUUCUCGCCACAAGCUCAAGUUCUCCCCCGAUAAGGUGGAUGUCAUGAUUGUCCAAGCUAUUAAGCUCCUGGACGAUUUGGAUAAGGAGUUGAACAACUACGCCAUGCGUGUCAAGGAAUGGUACGGCUGGCAUUUCCCUGAGUUGGAUCGCAUCAUCAACGACAACCUCGCUUAUGCUCGUAUCAUUAUGACUAUGGGAGUUCGAGAAAAUGCCACCAACACCGACUUUUCCGAAAUUCUACCAGAAGAUCUUGAGACUCGAGUAAAGGCCGCCGCUGAAGUCAGUAUGGGUACCGAAAUCCUCGAUUUUGACCUGGAAAAUAUCAAACUUCUCGCCGAGCAAGUCAUCAGCUUCACCGAGUAUCGUCAACAACUCUCUCAGUACCUUACAUCGCGUAUGAAGGCGAUUGCGCCUAACCUAACGGAGCUCAUCGGUGAGCUUGUUGGUGCUCGUCUCAUCGCGCAUACCGGUUCUUUGAUGAAGCUGGCCAAGAGCCCUGGUAGCACCAUUCAAAUUUUAGGUGCGGAGAAGGCGCUUUUCCGCGCUCUAAAGACCAAGCACGACACACCCAAAUAUGGUCUCAUCUACCACUCUUCCCUUGUUGGACAGGCUAGUGGCAAGAACAAGGGUAAAAUUGCUCGUACACUAUCUGCUAAAGCUGCCCUGUGCUUACGUGUUGAUGCGCUUUCUGAAUUGAGCACCGAGGGUGCAGAUGGUGAAGAAAUUCCGGUAGAUGACGAGGAAAGGGCCGACAUGGGUAUCAGACUUCGUGCAGUGCUCGAAGACAAGCUACGGAAAUUGGAGGGUAAGCCCUUGAUUUCCAAGGGUGCCAAGAUUGCACCAAAUGGCGCCACACCAUCCAAGUUUGAAGUUAAGCCUUCGCGAAACUACAAUGCCGACGCCGAUGCCGUUUCUGCGUCUGCUAAGAAGACGCCAAGCAAACCUCUGAUCCAGGAAGUCGAGGAUACCCCAAUGGGUGAGGGAGACAGUGAGGAGGAAUCCGAUGAAGAGGAUUCUGAUGUCGAGAUGAAUGGUACAGAGACUGCCAAGUCGAAGAGCACACCUAAGCAGUCACACAAAUCAGAACGCGAAGAGAAGCAUUCGGAAAAGAAGGAGAAGAGCAAGAAGAAGGCUGCCAAUGGAACUUCUGAAGCCGCUCCCACAACACCCGCCAAACUCACCGAGGUCGACUACGCUCGAUUAGCAGAGGAUGCUGGUAUUUCGGUUACCAAGUUCAAGCGCAAGUAUGAACGUGGGGAUGUCAAGAUGAACGCCGAUGGAACACCGCAAGUCGUUAGUAAGAAGGAGUUGAAGAAGUUAAAGAAGGCGGAAGCAAAGGCUGCUGAAGCUGACGUUCAGGACAAGGCUGAAGGUUCCAGCAAAAAGCGAAAGCACGGCGAUGAUAGCCCAGAGAAGAAGAGUAAGAAGAAGUCCAAGAAGGAGAAAUCCUCAUAAAUGUAGACAAUACUCUCUUUCUCUGUACUAUACGGGCAAAAAAGUGCAAUGCUUGAGAUCAUGGGUAAUGGCGUUCCGGUGGUCAUACCAGGAUUAGUGUUGGGAGUUGGCUUGGCUCCUUUAGGUAGCUAAUUGACUUGAAGCUAUCGAAAUGAUUUUGCUAUUUUGAA